CGUCCGUUGACCACGGCGGCGGCCCGGGCCUCGGCAGGCUCGACGCCGUGCUUGACCCCUCCAAGCCCGUCGUGCUCCACAUCGGCGACCCGGUCCGCUUCAACCCGGCCACCUACGCGGCCUUCUCCCAGCUCUUCCACGUGGUCCGCCCGCCCACGGAGGAGCGGCACCGCGAGGCCUUCAAGACAGCCCUGCGCGAGCGGCGGUGGGGCGACUUCUUUGCCAUCUUCCGGCCCUUCUGGUCGACGGGGGGCGAGAUGGGCGCCUGGGACCGGGAGCUCAUCGCCCUGCUGCCGCCCAGCGUGCGCGUGUUUGCCAGCGCGGGCGCCGGGUUCGACUGGGUGGACACGCAGGCGCUGGGCCAGCGCGGGGUCGUCUACUGCAACGGCAGCCUGGCGGCGGCCGAGUCGGUGGCCGAGUUUGCGGUGGCCAUGAUCAUCUCGACGUUCCGGAUGCUGCCGUACUGCACGUCCUCGGCCGUGACGGACAGCACCGGUGCGGCGUUCCAGGAGUGCCACGUCGCCGCGCCGGGCCAGUCGCACACGCUGCGCGGCCACACGCUGGGACUCAUUGGGCUGGGCAACAUUGGCCAGGCCAUUGCGUACAAGUGCUCCCUCGCGUUCGGCAUGCGCAUCCUUUACCACGACAUUGACAAGAAGCCUGCGGAGCUCGAGGCCAAGCUGUCGGCUCAGUACUGCCCGACCAUGCAGGACCUCGUAUCCCGGAGCGACUGUGUCGUCCUGGCCAUCCCCUCUGCACCCUCUGCACCAUCCACCACCACUAGUAAGCCCGCACCACCGCCCGUCAUCGACGCCGCCAUCCUCUCCCACUUUCCCCGCGGCAGCAGAUUCGUCAACGUCGCCCGCGGCUCCCUCGUCGACGAGGACGCCCUCGCCGACGCCCUCGACUCGGGCAUCCUCAGCAACGUCGCGCUCGACGUGCACGCCUCGGAGCCGCACGUGUCGCCCCGCCUGCGGGACAAGUACGCGGGGAACCGGGCCAUGCUCACGUGUCACAACGCCGGUGGCACCGUGGAGGCGCACGCCGGGUUCGAGGAGCUCGCGAUGCGGAACAUCAUGGAUGUCGGGCAGGGUAGCGGGAGGGGGUUGACCGGAGUGAAUCUGCAGUAUCUGAAGACUACGUGAUUGUUGUCACUCACAAGUGCUGGACUCGGGGAGACUGAGCACGGGUUGCAAACGGGAUAUGGUGGACUCACGUUGUUGAUGGCAGUCCUGGGGUGUCCUGGGGUGUCCUGGGAAAUCAUGUUAUGUAGCUUGAGGAUUGGACUGGGAGUGUUGAUGCCCCCGCGCCGCGUGUGGCUGCAGUCCCUGUGUCCAAACCUGCUUUUUUUUCCGUUGAAACAGACGGCUACACUGCUGUGAUUUUGCCCUUGUUUCUACGUACGUGCCUGACAUGAGGAUCAUGACUGAACGACACAACGCGGUACUUUGAAUGAAGUCGAGCAGGGAUUUUAUCGCAUGGCAACAGACCAACUUCACCCCGCUCAGGUACUCUAUCUUUAUUCACGUCCGACGACAAAGGCAGGGAGGUGGCACCCAAGCAGUCUUCAAGCCUAGACUCCCUACACGAGAGUAA